UUGCGUUGUAAAUAAAACAAAAGUUCCUCGUUUGAGAACUAUAUAGCCUAUUCAGGUGUGGUGUGAUAGCCCUUACACAUCCUCUAUCCCAGGCAAAGCGACCUAAACGUGCAACGCUCGGCACAAGAUUACGUAACUAUCAGAGAUGGCCACAGUUACACUGGUGGAUCUCACGCAUCUCAGUUGUCCGGAAUACGACGUUUGUCUGGAAAAGCGCAUCAGCACGUUUUGUGCAAUGACUAGGAAAGGGUCACAUGAACGUGUCUUUAUCAUAAUAGACCAACAUGUAGAGAACUCCGUGGGGACGGACCGCUUUCACAGAACCGCUAUUCUGGAGACGUUUGUCGGUUUAAGUGGAAAUACCCCACAUGUUCUGUGCAAAAGCUCUCUUUCAGCCUCGCUGUACUCAUUCAAACAGGCUAUAGACAAAGAGGACAUCAGCGAUAUAAAGUUCGUUACUUCGAGCCACGGAAGAGAUAUGUUUCGGCUUUAUCAGGAGCUCCUCUUCACUUCGGCGUUUAAUUUUGAGUACAUUAUAAUGUUUGACGAUCUGUCCUGUACGCUGGGUGACCUCACAGUCAGCAGCACUGACGUUCAACAUGAGGUUACCACGUUUUUACAGCACCUACCAGCGGCCAAAGGAGAUAUUACAAUUCUUAGGUCCUCUAUAAUUUCAGACUGUUUUGCUCAUGGCUUCACCACUCGUACCGGAGGUAUAUCUUACAUCAGCACUCUGAGCUCACUCAACCUCUUUUGCAACCCUCAACGAAAAGAUUCACGAGCUGUGGUGGCCGAGAACCUCCGGCGCCUCGGCCUGCAGGCUGGAUUUAGACCUCAUCAGUUCAACCUCCUAAAGUGUAAUCAUGCCAGUGAUGUGUGGGUGAUGGGCAAACCUGCACCCGACAGUUAUGAUGGAUUGGUGACCAAUCAAGUAGGUGUUGUCAUAGCAGCACCAGGGGCCGACUGCAUGCCGCUGCUGUUCACUGACCCUGUGGCAAAGGUAAUUGGAGUAGCACAUGCAGGCUGGAGGGGUACUAUCAUGGGAAUUGCCAUGGCAACAGUGAAAGCCAUGGUUUCAGAGUUUGGUAGUAGGCCUGCAGACAUAGUAUGUGUGAUCGGGCCUUCUGUCGGACCAUGCUGUUUUACUCUGAAGCAAGAUUCGGCCAGGGAGUUCCAUGCCAUACAUCCAGACUGUGUUAGACACAUGGACUCACCUUCACCGUAUGUUGAUAUCAGACUCACAACCAGAAUUCUGCUGGAGAGAGGUGGCAUUAAACCAGAACACAUCCAGGACGUCAGACUGCCAAACAAAACUGAUUCCAUGCUGUGCACCUCCUGCCAACCUGAGUUAUUCUUCUCCCAUGUAAGGGAUAGAAUGAAAUUUGGGACACAGAUUGGUUUUGUGUGGAUCAAAGAAUCCCAUGAUAUGAACAAAUCAGACCAAGAAUCACUGUAUUCACCAAGUUCUGAUUGAAAACAGACCUUUAUCAAACUCAGAUAUGAUAAUACUGUGGACACUUUAUUAUUUGCAUUUAAACAGGGUUCCCAUGGUAAUGGAAAUCAAAACCUGGAAAUAUUAUGGAAUUUUUAAAUCGUGAUUUCAGGCUUGGAAUGGACUAAGGGAAAUUUUUGUGGUGAAUUGUUCAUUACUUUUUAAAUGGCCAGAUAUUGCUUAUUUGAGACAUUAGUACACAAAAAAAUGUUCUCUAUAUUGAAUAUAAUCCAGGGGUUUUCAGAACUUUUUGAUGCCAAGGACCCCUGAAUAUGAGGAUCCCCUGACGAGAGAACCCCAGCACUGUAUAUAUAUAUAUAUAUAUAUAUAUAUAUAUAUAUAUAUAUAUAUUCAUAUUUGUAUGAGGCUGACCACAGUGCUGUUUACAGUACUGUUCGAUUUAUAAACCUGAAGGAAAACCCUUUUCAAUUCUAUAGGAAUAAUUUUGAAAAACUCUGAUCUAUUAAAGAUUGGUACCUGACAUACAAAUGGAAGUAUGCCCAGCAAUAUGCAUUUUUUAUUUUAUGAUUUCUGAAAUCAUUUUCAGAUUUCUUAAAUCCUUAUCUAGUAUCAAAAGUGACUGGAAAGAUAUUGGGAAAGUCAUCGCCUGAAACAUUUGGGACCCCUUUUGAAAGCUGCUCAGAGAAACUUCACCAUAAAUACAUAACUCAGGAAUUGUCUUUUCAUGUAUGAAUGCGAGUUGUGUUCUGGGAGUGAGAAGUUUAAUUAAACUAUACUGUAUUUAAAUGGUUUGAUACAGAUUGACAAUGAACGUGGAUGUACACUAGAGGGAGCUAUUGUUUUCUUUCUCUGCGUGACUACAAUUUACCUAUUUGUAUGAUCGGUACAAACGA